AUUCAAAUAAUUUGCAAUGCAUAUGCUAAGCAUAGCAAUCUCUAGGAACUGGAAUAGCUCGUAUUUCAACGGCUAGCCAAUCACAAUGUACAAUAGUACAAAAAACCAAAACACUACUCACUCCAAAGCACCACGAGUGCUGAUAAGAUAAGUGGCCAAAUCGAAAACCAGCCAAAGCUCUAUUGAAUGAAAAAAUGUGUGCAACUCCAGUAUGGAAUCAGUCUAGCAAGUGGAUUAACCCGGUAACAAUGAAAUUCCUAAGCAUUUUAGUGGCCCUGUGCCUCCUCCUGGCCCUCACCAUAUCGCCCAUUAGCUGCGAUGAUACGGAAAAGGUGGUGAGGCCAAUCUGUCCCUGUCCCAGGAACUACGAGCCCGUUUGCGGUUCCAACUUGGUCACCUAUCCAAAUCGAUGCGAGUUCGACUGUGUACGACGAAAUGUUGAACGCCAGGGACGCAGUAUGGGACUUCUGAGAGACGGAACGUGCUAAGCCAACAAUCCUUUCGACACACAAGCCAAAGAAGAAUCCAGAAAUCAAAUCGUAUAAGAGUGCCUUGUAUUAAUCAUCAAUGUGAAAAAUAUAGAAAUAAAUCAGCUUAUCAACAAGAGUAUUUGGCAUUGCAUUUGAUAGCGCUUGAACACCUUAUCGCCAAUACGAAUCGUAUAAAACGCGACACUGGCAAAAACUAGUACCCACUUCCGAAACUUGCAGUGAUUUAUGAACUCAAUACUUUCGUUCAAGUGGCUUUCGCCACCAAAGAUUACGAAGAGUGCAUUUCGCGAAUAAUUUAACAUUAAUCUUCGAUGAGUCACUUUAAAAACACCUAUCUUUCACACUAUGAACCAGAUUGU